GAGGGAAGGUACAUCAGGCUCUUACCAGCUGCGCAAGACAUACGUAAAUUUAGGGCAGAAGUACAGUCCAAACUUAUCUGGUACCUACCUAUCCACCCAUCACCUUCUUCGCAUCCAUCCCUCCUCUUCUUCUCCUCCAACUCACUCUCGUCUCUCUUCCUGUCGCCAGGAGUUGGAAUUUGUUCCAUCCAUCCAGGCUUUCACUUCUUGUCGUCUCACCAUCUGCCUCUUCAUCGCCGCCUUUCCAAAUCACAUUCCUUGGCUCAGCGCAAGCUCGUCUACCCUCCUUUUGGGCAAACAUUGUCCCGCCGUGCCAUCGCCUAUCGCCAUCGCAAUUCGCCUCAUCCAUUGCCCGUUUCCCAACAGGUUCGCCUAUCCUCACCCAACCGCCCAUCUUCGGCCAUUACAACGCUUCUCGAUAUCAGAUCCAACUAGCUGUAUCGUGAUCAAUCACCUUCGCCGAACAUCGACGUGCUAUAUCUACAAUCCAAGUGCUCUUGACUCAACUGCCCAACAUGGAGCAGCAGCAACAGCAACCCCCGCAGCAGCCGCAGCAACAGCAGCCGCAGCAGCAGCAGUCUUCUCAACAGCAAGCUUCCCAGCAGCAGCCUCAGGUUGGCGGCGUCCCUGGGCCUGCUGGACGUAGACUUCACAUUGCCCAUCGCCGAAGCCCUUCUGAGCUGACGCCACUGAUGAGCAUGUUUGCUAACCCUGGAAUGGAGCAGCUUGCCAUUCAGCAGCAGAUCGAACUGUUGCAGCAACAGCAGCAGCAGAUUCAAGCUACGCAUCAGCAAUAUGUCAAUAUGGGAAUGGUGCCUCCUGGACAGCCCCUCGGUCCUGGUGGUGCGUUCAAUCCUUUGCAGCCAAUGCCCAAUAUGUCGCAAGCUGCUUUCCAGUUCCCCAACCAAGUACCUCAGCAGAACAUGGCUCCUCCCACCCAGCCACUCUCACAUCGCCGUAAUCAGUCGGCACUUCCUAACAUGGGCAUGGGGCCUCCUCCUGCGCCCUCGUCUGGUGCUUCUGGAUCCGGCUUUGGCAACUUUGAAGCCCCUCAAGCCCAGGGUCGAGAGAAUACUGGAGGCCGAGGCGGCCGUGGUGGAGGUGCUGGUGGUGGUCAUCAAAGAAGACACUCUCUAGCCCUCGCCGACGCCAAGAAGGCCGCCGAGAUUGCCCAACAGAAGCGAACAACCACCGGCUUCUCCUUCCCUGCCUCUCCUGCCCCUGACGAGGAGAACAAGCCCGCUUCCCAGUCCACCCUCGAAGUUCCUGUUGCUCAAGGCUCGACCCGCGGUGGACGUGGCGGUCAUGGCCGCAGUCAGAGCAUGGCGGUUAAUGGCCGAGGCGGCGGCCGUGGUGGUUUGAAUGCUGAAAGCAAUGAAUUCCAACGCCGCGGAAGCGGCCAUGCCCGUACCGGAUCUCGCAACUUCGAAGGUAACUGGCGUACUCAAGGACAGGGCCAAGAACAGUCUGGCAAUGCCGGACAGAGCCAAGGCUUCCAGCCUGGUCACCGACCUCGCGGAUCUAUGAACCAGUCCGUCUCUGGAAUUGGAGGCUUUCAGUAUAACCCCAAUCAACCUCAGGUUAUGCAGCUCCCCAACCAGAUGAUGAUGCCCCAAAUGUAUGGGCAGCAGCUCAAUCCCAUGCAGCUGAACCAGCUACAGGCUUUGCAAGCCGCUCAAAUGAAUGGCCAGCCUUUUAUGGGUCUCCAGGGCUCCCAGCAUGCUGGUCAGCUUGGUGGCCAGCAGCAGCAACAACAGCGAAAGACCCUUUUUACCCCCUAUCUUCCUCAGGCCUCCCUCCCCGCUCUUUUGGCUGAUGGGCAGCUCGUGUCCGGUAUCCUCCGUGUCAACAAGAAGAACCGUAGUGAUGCUUAUGUUACCACUCAGGAUGGUCUGCUUGACGCUGAUAUCUUCAUUUGUGGUAGCAAGGACCGAAACCGUGCUCUCGAAGGUGAUCUCGUCGCUAUCGAGCUUCUGGAUGUUGACGAAGUUUGGGGCCAGAAGCGCGAGAAAGAAGAGAAGAAGAAACGCAAAGACAUUACCGAUACUCGGUCCGGAUCUACUAACCAAGGUAAUCAAAACUCUGGCAAUAACAACGAUGGGAACGCUCCCGAGGGCGGAAUUCGUCGUCGUGGCAGUCUCCGUCAGCGCCCCACUCAAAAGAAGAACGAUGAUGUGGAAGUUGAGGGCCAGAGUCUCCUCCUUGUUGAAGAGGAGGAAAUCAACGAUGAACAGAAGCCCCUGUACGCUGGCCACGUUGUUGCUGUUGUUGAGCGUGUUGCCGGUCAAAUGUUUUCAGGCACUCUUGGCCUACUCCGCCCUAGCAGCCAAGCUACCAAGGAGAAGCAGGAGGCCGAGAGGGCUGCUCGUGAAGGUAACAACUCGCGCCACCCCGAGCCUCGCCAACAGGAAAAGCCCAAGAUUGUUUGGUUCAAGCCCACAGACAAGCGUGUGCCACUUAUUGCCAUCCCCACCGAACAGGCGCCCCGCGACUUUGUUGAGAAGCACCAAGACUACGCGGAUCGAAUUUUUGUGGCUUGCAUAAAGCGCUGGCCCAUUACCUCCCUCCACCCCUUUGGAACUCUGGUUGAGCAGCUUGGACGCAUGGGUGAUCUUAAGGUUGAAACCGAUGCUCUUCUUCGCGACAACAACUUCGCUUCAGAUGAGUUCUCUGACGCCGUGCUCCGCAGCGUUGGCCUGCAAGACUGGUCGCUUGAUAAGGAAGACGAGGCAGCCCUCGCCGAACGUCGUGACUACCGCGAAGAGAAUGUUUUCACGAUCGACUACAACGGAGGAGCUGAGCUCGGCAAUGCCGUGCAUGUCAAGUCUCGUCCUGAUGGCAAGAUUGAGAUCGGUAUCCAUGUAGCUGACAUCGCACACUUUGUUAAGCCCAACUCCCUGGUGGAUCGCGAGGCUAAGAAGCGAGGCACCUCCGUUCAGCUCAAGAAUCGCUUCUGCGCCCUGUUGCCGCCCAAGCUGUCGGCUGAAGUUUGCUCUCUGACCCCCGAACAGGACCGUCUCGCUGUGUCCGUGGUAUUCAAUGUGAACCCCCACACUGGCUCUGUCGCCGAAGGUGAUGCAUGGAUUGGCCGCUCGAUCAUCAAGAGCGCCGGCAAGGUUUCCCUUGACGACAUUGAUGAUGCUCUAACAAACCCCUCGGAAUACAAGAACCCGGCUGUUCCUGUCAAUACGAUACAGAUUCUCAACGCUGUGUCGCAGAAGUUCCGAGAAGCUCGUCUCGGCGCCGGUGGCGAACCCAUUGCACCUCUUAGACUGCUCCAGCAACUCGACGACGAGAACGACCCCGUCCAGGACAACCUCUUCGACUCGACGCAGGCUCUUGAGCUUGUGGAAGAACUGAUUCACAAAGCUAACGCUCAUGUGGCACAACGUCUUGUUGAGGGGCUCCCUGAGAAGGCCUUCCUUCGUCGCCAGUCUGCUCCCAACCCCCGCCGACUCCAGACUUUCGUGGAGCGCAUGACAGCGUUGGGUUAUGAUAUCGACUCAUCCGGCAGCGGUGCCCUCCAAAACAGCCUCUUCAAGGUUGAUGACCCAGAUCUGCGAAAGGGUAUGGAGACUCUUGUCGUCAAGUCUAUGCAGAGGGCCAAGUACUUCAUUUCAGGUAAGACUGGCAAGCAGCUGUGGCCCCACUAUGCUCUCAACCUGCCUCUUUACACUCAUUUCACCAACCCAACCCGGCGCUACGCCGAUAUUAUUGUCCAUCGUCAACUCGAGGCUGUUCUCUCUGAGGGCAAGAUUGAGUUUACUGAGGAUCUGGAGAACCUCGUCAAGACCGCCGAGUCUUGUAAUACUAAGAAGGAUUCUGCUCAGAAUGCCCAGGAGCAGAGUGUCCACAUCGAGUCUUGCCGAACGAUGGAUAAGAAGCGCCAAGAGGCCAACGGUGACCUCAUUGCUGAGGGUAUCGUCUUGUGUGUAUACGAGUCUGCGUUUGACGUUCUCAUCCCUGAGUGGGGAUUCGAGAAGCGAGUUCACUGUGACCAGCUACCUCUGAAGAAGGCCGAGUUCCGCAAGGAGAAGCGGGUUCUUGAGCUUUACUGGGAGAAGGGCGUUCCCAGUUCGGCGUUCGUGCCUGAGGAUGAGCGACCCAAGGCUGCCGCAUCCAUCCGACACUCAAAUGCUCUAGCAGCUCAGCGCCAGGCUGAGGAGGCUGAACGUGUCCGAAAGGAGCGCGAGGAAGCUACUCGCAAGCAAACCGAUACCGGCACCAUCUCAACUGAUGACGUUGAUGCUCUUUUCGACGAUGACGACGAUAACACAUCCGACGUGACUGAGGCCAUGGCCGGAGCCUCGCUGGCUGAGCGCCCUACUCAGAGCGUCCCCGGCUCCCCUGCUCGCUCCUCAUCCAACGCCGGCAACCUGCAUCGCACUCGUUCCGAUUCCAAGGUCCCUGUGGCGGAGGCUGUCGAGACUCGCCUCACCAACAAGGAGAAGUACCUCAGCUUCUUCUCGCUUCGCGAGGAGGGUGGUGACUACAUCCAGGAUGUGACAGAGAUGACGAGGGUACCGGUGAUCCUGAAGACGGAUCUCACCAAGAGCCCACCUUGCCUGACCAUCCGAUCUCUGAACCCUUAUGCUCUGUGAAAGGACAAACAAAAGUUAGCCGACGAUUGUAAUGGGGACAACGUAGUGCGUAGUCUUUAAAACGGGCUACUUGGUCGAGGAAGAAGGUAUAUCUAUGUUUGUGUGAGGAGCAUUGCCAGACGGAGAAGAUUGCCAGAAGGAGUCGGACUUUUAGGUAGUGGUAUUGAACAGCGGAAGUAAUCUCAUCUUUUCUCAAGCAGUAUAUGAUCGCCUUUUUGUUAUUGUGCUGUUUGCCUUAUUUCUAAAAGGAUUUCCAUCUGUUUCUAGGAAAACGACAAGACCUUGUACUCGACUACGUACUAGGUAGGUAUGUAGAAUUUCUGGGAGUGCUUUGCAAGGCAAUCGUCAAUUAAUUCAGCUAUCAGGCGAAGGCGGUUCCAUUGUUUUGCCGACCAUCUCAAUUACCGACAAGACUUUGUUUUGUUCUGAUUCUGGGUUAGCCCAGCAAUGGCGCAAAAGAGGCUAGAUUACAGUUAUCAGAUUCAAACUAUUAAUUCUACUUUAGCCUUUUGGCUUCUUUUGCAGGGUU